AUGGCCGAAGACGAACACGAGGGAGCUUCCAUCCAGGAGCAGCUCAUCGCCGCCUGUCGCGGUAACAACACCGACCUCCUAGAAGAGAUUCUGGAGGACAAGCCCGACGACGUGAUCUCCAAGCUUCUGAACGAGACCGUCACCGUUCUGGGCAACCAUCUCUAUCACGAGGCAGCACUACGAGGACAUUACGAAGUAAUCGACUUCCUCCUCGAUCAACCAGACUUUGAAUGCGACCCCGUCACCCGCAUCGAGGGUGACACCCCCCUCCACUCCGUCAUCCGCUGGCUCAACGACGAGCCCGCCGCCCAGCGACCCUUCGGCAAGGCCCUAGUGGAGAUGAUGCUCGAGGCCGGGUCCAACCCCCGCGCACGGAACCGUCAGGGCGUCACCCCCUGGCAGCUCGUCGACCCGUCCAACCAGGAGCUCAGGGACGUCAUAAAGCAGCACGAGUUCGCCUCGCAGAAUGCCGGCGACUAUGUCAACGCCACACCUGCCGCGAACAAAAACAAGGACAACGACAGCAAGAUCUACGACGACGGUGUCCAGGCUGACGACGACGAGAGUGACGACGACGCCGAAUUCAGUGGGAGCGAUGAUGAUGAGAGGGCUGAGUGGGAGCGUAGACGCAAGGAGAAGAGGGGUUGA